AUGAGUCUAGUUUUAGUUUUACUGCGUUUAUAUUUGUGGCAUUUGGAUGGUGUGAUUGGUGCUGACUCUGAGGCAGGUGAAAUGAAGAGUUUGUCAGUGAUGGAGGGAGAUUCUGUCACUCUACACACUGAUACUAACAUAAAGAGAAAUGAUACAGUGAUAGAGUGGAUGUUUGGAGCUGAAACCCCAGAUAUUCUCAUUGCUGAAAUCGAUAGAGCGGCAAAUAUCAAUGAUGUUACUGAUGAGAGAUUCAGAGACAGAGUGAAGCUGGACAGUCAGACUGGAUCUCUCACCAUCACAAACAUCAGAACCACAGACUCUGGACUUUAUAAAGUAGUGACUGUAACAAAUCCAGUAGUAGUCAAGACGUUCAAUGUUACGGUCUAUGCUCUUCUUCCUGUUCCUGUCAUCAUCAGAAACACUUCACAAUGUUCUUCAUCAGUCUCUAAAUGUUCACUGCUGUGUUCAGUGCUGAAUGUGUGUCAUGUGACUCUCUCCUGGUACAAAGGAACCAGUUUAAUCUCCAGCAUCAGUGUGUUUAAUCUCAGUAUCAGUCUCUCUUUACCUCUGGAGGUGGAACAUCAGGAUAAAAACACCUACAGCUGUGUGCUGAACAACAACAUCAGCAACCAGACCAAACAUCUGGACAUCAGUGAACUCUGUGUGUGA